AAAUUUUCUUGCUGCUAAAAAAAAAAUAAAAAAAAAAUAAAUAAAUAAGAACUAUUCAAGACAUGAAUAAAAUGUAGAUAACAGAUAAUUUAGCGCAAGGUCGACACGAUUGCAAAACUACAAACUCUGUAGAUGAGUAACUAAGUGGAGAAACUCCUCCUCUACUCACGGUCGUAAUAUUUUAGUAAAAUAGUCAGUUGUUCCUUUUAACUGGAUUCAACAGGAUACCUAACUUGACCUUAAAAUGAUUACUUUUAUCAUUGUGAGUGGGCUGCUUGCACUGGCUGCUGGAAAACCGUGUGCAUCAGAACACGAGGCUCUUCUCCAGUCCCUCAAUCAGCAGCUGCUGCGCUCUGUGGAUACACGAGAUAACCUACCCAAUCCCAGUGUGCACAUCGCCCUGCGGCUCUCAACACACCAUAACCUAGCUAAAGAGAGCGAACAUCUCAACCGCCUCAAGACAGAGUUUCAUGAUGAUAUUGAGAAAUCUCUCAGAAAUGGUGAGUUGGUGGUUGGCCGUCUUGCCCUGUACAUCUUGGCUUUGAAGUCUUCCUGUCAUGAUCUGCAGAGUGUACAUCUCAAUCAUAAUGAGCCCCUCCUCACUCACCUUAAGAAGGAAAUGGAGGAAGAGAAACAGAACAUUGCAUUCAGUCACCGUCCAAAGACCAACUACUACCAGUACUCUCUGGGCAUUCUGGCUCUAUGUGUGAGCGGUGUUAGAGUCAGCACACAUGUCAGCCACAAGCUCAUCCAUGCUGUGGAACACAAACAGAUAAAACACGGAGAGUCCUUAUGUGUCGACUCGCAUGCGAUGGCAGGCAUUGCCCUGCAGUGUCUGAAAAACGAGGGAACUGCUGUUAAAGAUCCUGCAGAACUGGACAGGGCUCUUGCCUCCAUUAAGCAGAGGCUUCUUGACUCUAAGAGAGCUGAUGGUCACAUGGGCAAUGAGUUCAGCACAGGAUUGGCCGUGCAGGCCUUGAUGGCUAUGGGCACUCAGAUGGAGGAAUGUGCCUCUGCUAUGGAGGCUUUAAGGGCAGAUGUUAAGAAAGGAACAUACCAUAACCCUAUGGCAGUCUCCCAAGUCCUGCCUGCCCUGCACCAACAAUCUUAUCUUCAUCUGAAGAACAAAGAAUGCCGCAAUGAGGAUGACACUCUUACUAUUGAUGCGGAUUCCGCUUCAGAAGUUCUUCCAAGUCACGGGCAAGUGUCUCUACAAGUGGAGGUUAUUAAAUCAAAUGGUGCAUCAUCUGCGUUUUCCAUCAAUGUGCCCAGAGGCUCUUCACUAUUUGAUGCCCUCAACCUUCUCCAAGACAAACAAACUGGUUUCACUUUUAGCACCGAGAACAGCUUGUGGGGACCCUUCCUCAGUGUGGUCAAUGAUGAACAAGCACGUCAGACUGAUCGCAGAUACUGGCAGGUCUCCUCAGAUGGCACCUCUCUGACACAGGGUAUCAAAGACUAUAAGAUUGACUCAGCUCAAAGCAUCACCAUUAAGAACACUGGGUACUGAGUCCACCUCCGGAUGCAAGAGAUGAAUGGGAUGAAACCAUAAUAUGUUUAUGAAUUCUGUUGUUAUAAUUGUCUUUGAUUUGAUUUUCUUGUUAUAAAUGGAUUUCUGUUUGAUUGUUGCCUCACUUUGCCUGAACGUUUAAAGGUUAAUGAAAACAAGAAUCAGAACAUAUCAAUGUUGUUUGUAUUUUAUUUAGAGAUUUAACACACAUGUAUCUUUUGAAAUCUAACAGAUCUUGCAUGUGAAACUGCAGCUGCUACCAUUUUAGAUAAACAAAUAUAAAAUAAAUAUUACAAAUAUUUAAAAAA